GCCUCAGCUGCAGCUCGGUUGCGCCUUUGCCUCUUUUGCCGCCGCUACUGUUGCGGUCCUUGAAGCUGCUGCGACUGCAAGGAUCGCUCGCUCGGCACAGAGUCUGGAGAAGGGAUUCUAGGGAGCUUUCCUGGGGAAUCUGAGGCCCGGCUUACACUAUGUACGGAUUCGUGAAUCACGCUUUGGAGCUCCUGGUAAUACGGAAUUAUGGCCCUGAGGUCUGGGAAGAUAUCAAAAAAGAGGCACAGUUAGAUGAAGAAGGGCAGUUUCUUGUCAGAAUAAUAUAUGAUGAUUCUAAAACGUAUGAUCUGGUUGCUGCAGCCAGCAAAGUUCUCAAUCUCAAUGCAGGAGAAAUCCUCCAAAUGUUUGGGAAAAUGUUUUUUGUGUUUUGCCAAGAGUCCGGUUAUGAUACCAUCCUCCGUGUUCUGGGCUCAAAUGUCAGAGAAUUUCUACAGAACCUUGAUGCUCUCCAUGACCACCUUGCUACUAUCUAUCCAGGUAUGCGUGCACCUUCUUUUAGGUGCACUGAUGCAGAAAAGGGCAAAGGACUCAUUCUACACUACUACUCAGAGAGAGAAGGACUACAGGAUAUUGUCAUUGGCAUCAUCAAAACUGUAGCCCAACAGAUACAUGGCACCGAGAUCGACAUGAAGGUUAUUCAGCAAAGAAAUGAAGAAUGUGACCACACACAAUUUCUAAUUGAAGAAAAAGAAUCUAAGGAAGAGGAUUUUUAUGAAGAUCUUGACAGAUUUGAAGAAAAUGGUACCCAGGAAUCCCGCAUCAGCCCGUACACUUUCUGCAAAGCUUUUCCUUUUCAUAUAAUAUUUGACAGGGAUCUAGUAGUAACUCAGUGUGGAAAUGCCAUAUACAGAGUGCUUCCCCAGCUUCAGCCUGGAAAUUGCAGUCUAUUAUCUGUCUUCUCUCUGGUCCGUCCUCAUAUCGACAUCAGUUUCCAUGGGAUCCUGUCACAUAUCAACACUGUAUUUGUCUUGAGAAGCAAGGAAGGAUUGUUGGAUGUGGAGAAGCUGGAGUGUGAAGAUGAACUGACUGGCACUGAGAUCGGUUGCUUACGCCUUAAGGGGCAAAUGAUUUACUUACCUGAAGCAGAGAGCAUUCUUUUCCUGUGCUCUCCAAGUGUGAUGAAUCUGGAUGACCUAACGAGGAGAGGUCUCUAUCUGAGUGACAUCCCCUUGCAUGAUGCCACCCGUGAUCUCGUUCUUUUGGGAGAGCAGUUCCGAGAGGAAUAUAAGCUGACACAAGAACUGGAAAUCCUCACAGACAGACUGCAGCUCACUCUGAGAGCACUAGAAGAUGAAAAGAAAAAGACAGACACGUUAUUGUAUUCUGUCCUUCCCCCAUCAGUUGCUAAUGAGCUGAGACAUAAACGCCCAGUACCUGCCAAGAGGUAUGACAAUGUCACUAUCCUAUUCAGUGGGAUUGUGGGAUUCAAUGCCUUCUGCAGUAAACAUGCAUCUGGAGAAGGGGCCAUGAAGAUCGUCAAUCUUCUAAAUGACCUCUACACCAGAUUUGAUAUACUGACUGAUUCACGGAAAAAUCCAUUUGUCUAUAAGGUGGAGACUGUCGGUGAUAAGUAUAUGACUGUGAGUGGUUUACCAGAGCCUUGUAUCCACCAUGCCCGCUCCAUUUGCCACCUGGCCCUUGACAUGAUGGAAAUAGCUGGCCAGGUUCAAGUAGAUGGAGAAUCCGUGCAGAUAACGAUAGGAAUCCACACUGGGGAGGUAGUGACUGGGGUCAUAGGCCAGAGGAUGCCUCGCUACUGCCUUUUUGGGAACACCGUUAACCUUACAAGCCGGACAGAAACCACGGGAGAAAAGGGCAAGAUCAAUGUGUCUGAGUACACCUACAGAUGUCUUAUGACACCAGAUAAUUCAGACCCACAGUUUCAUCUGGAGCACAGAGGACCCGUGUCCAUGAAGGGCAAAAAGGAGCCAAUGCAAGUUUGGUUUCUGUCCAGAAAAAGUACAGAGGAUGAGGAAACAAAACAAGAUGAGAGCUGAAGUGAGGGACCAGAAGAAAGACAGCAGAUGGGGGUCCUCUGUCCCUUGACACCAACCCAGCCCAGUAGCAGUGAUUCUAUGUGGCUAUAUAUGUUGCUUCAUCUCUUUCAAUGACCCCAUCCCUUGCCCAUAGGUGUGUGUUUGUGUGUGUGUGUGUGUAUACAUAUAUGUGUGUGUGUUUGUGUGUGUAUAUAUAUAAAAUACAUACGUGUAUAUAUACACAUACACAUGUAUAUUUUUCUUCUAUUUGCCUCAAGUCUCUCUAAGCUCAUAUUUCAGCUCUGCUUCAGAGAUUGCCAUGCUUUCAGUGUGGGUAUAUUCUUAGCUCCUGCUCUGUGGAUGAUGUGAAUGAAUCUCUUUGUGUCCUAAACCUCAUGAACUGCUGAAUAGAAUUUGGCAAUAUGUCUGUGUACCAAAGUUGACCACUUCCGUUUGGUGCUCUGCACACAUAUUUUUCAGCAAGAUCUACUAUGUGUCACUCUUUGUCAUGCCGGUGUUUAUCAUUAUAGAAUCCAUUCUACCACUGUCUGGAUUUUAACUGGUAGAAGAAAAUCACAGCGCUGGCGCACUUUGGGCAGCAGGAUUUAGGGACCAAGUUAUAGAGUUGUUUUAUUUGUGUAACAGACCUUUCUCAUCUAUGCCUUCAGAAAGCGUUAAUUUCCCAGAGUACGAUUUAAUAUAUUAUGCUAAGAAAAUAACCGCUAUAUCAAAGUAUGAUACAGUUUCCCUUUGUUAGACUAGAGGGGAAAACAAGAAACAAAACGUUUUCUAUGAUGAGCAAAUACACCACCAUCCCCAUCAUGUGGCAACUGCAAUUCCAUGUUUCCUUUACAUUGCAUCUCUAAGAUUCCACUGUAUCUAUCGGAUUGAAUGUAGUUAAUUAUGGACAGCCGUAGUUUAGCGCUGUACAAUUUUUCAUUAAGUUUUUAUCUUGGAUUGGGCUGAAUGUCUGGAUGCUUUUGAAAUAUCCAAGAACAAAGUUGGAAACUUCCUGCUGGGACUUGGCGUUAGAGGCUAUGCCUGAUCUUGGUACUUCUCAGAAAUUAGUUUCUUUUGCUUUCUGUAGAUGAAUGUGAUAAUAUUCAGGAUUUGAGGUCCAGAAUAAUUAGCUCAAUCCCUACAGAGGGUGUGUUCCUCUUGGAAGAAAAUGCCUGUAUUCUUAAUUCUCUCCCUAAUAUUUUCUGAAUAUAUCUUUAUAAAAUAAUACAGAACAGUACAGUGCAAUUAAUUUUGUGUAAAAAAAGUUUGUCUUUAUAUUUAGUAUAUUGUAUCAACACAUAAAUAUAUGUAUAAAUGUUUCAUGUUUAUGUGUAAAAGAACCGGCAAUAAAUUAUUUUUUCCACUGGU